UUCAUCCUGAUACACUUGUCUUACCUGUCCAUCUGGGUGUUGGACACACCUCUUUCUGGCUUUUGCACUUUUGUUUAUGACACUCUUUCCUUCUGCAACACUCGGGAAAGGAUCAAACAGUUUUGAGAGCUCACAUGACGGAUGGAAAACAAGAGGAUCUGAAUGACUGAUGGACAUAAAUACUUGUGUGGACUAACAUGAGGACAUAAAUAAAGGAUAUAUGGAACUGUACAGCUCUACCAAUAACUAUCAUGGGUGAAAGUCUGCUUGUCAUGAGUGAGUCUGCUUGAAUGCGUACACUUACCUAAUAUCUGUGAAUUGUCUCUACUCAUGGGUGCGCAUGUGGUAGGCCUACCACAAAGCCCAAUGGCAGUAUUGAACCAUGUCUCAGACUCUCAUACCUUACUGGAAUCUAUGCUUCAGAAGUUACGACUGAACUCUCAGACCAACAGAAGCUCAUUCAUUGAUAUACAAACAUGGAGUCCGUCUGGAGAAUGUAAUGCUAAACCAGUGGAAGAUUCAUCUAAGACAACUUAUCAGUUUGGGUUUUCUUCCAACAGUAAAGAGCAGGAUGAAUUCACAUCAGUCUGGAAUAAAUGGGAGAAGCCUUGGACUCAACAAUCUUCUCAUGCAUUGACUUCUGUUCUUAAGCAACCUGUCAAAAGGAUCAGUAAGCACAACUCAGGAUUCUCUGGUAAACCUAAACGCCCACCAUUGAUUUGGGGGGAACACAAUCGCUUCACAUCAGAGAGGACAGGUGAUGUCACUUCCUGGGUUGGAGACGAUCAGAUGCCCGGGCCAGAGAAGAAGCAACAUUUUUCUCUAGAAGGGGAGACCAGCUCGAAUGUGCCACCAUUAUACAAAACAGAAUCCUUCCAAAACCCUCCUGAUCUUUUAGCUCCAAUGCUAACAGCACCAUCUCCAGUGCAGGAAAAACCAGAGGUCAGAGGUCAAAGUGACACAUGGAGUUGGGGUACUGGGACUGAGAGAAAUGAAAGCACCAGAUUUAAUGAGCAAUCAGGAAAUACGCCAAAGACAAGUAGAAAGAAGUGGGGGGAUGCUAAAAGGUGGGCUCAGAAUGUGAAAGAGAGAUGGAGAGAGAGACACAGAAACACACUGACCAGACAAAGAGAUGAUGGAGAAAGACAAGUGCAGAAUGAUGUACAAGUGAGUAUUGGAUAUAAUCGCUCUUCUUUAUUGGUGCCCAUCCAUGUGAACGACACACCUAGAGCACUCACUGAGAUGACAGAAAUCCAUCAUGAAGAGAUGGGUGAAGAUGCCCCCGGUUCACUAAGCUACAUAAGAUCUCAUAACAAUGAGCAAUCAAAUGGACAAUCACAGUUUUCCCAGCUUGAUCCGAAUGAAUCAAAGACAACUGAUCAUAGUGAUCAACAGCCGACAUCUAAUCGCGUGUCCGGCCCCAGUCAUAACCAGCCACUAGAUGGGACAAAGGAUUUUGUACCCCUCACUGACCCUUCAAAUGUUAAGUCAAUGAAAAGUUUGUCCGUAACAUCCCAUGGAUCUCUGAUCCGAAAAAGAGAGCACUGGACAAAAAGGAGGGAACCGUUUGAACACACAACACAAGACAUGGAGGACGAGGAGCAAGGCAGCUCUUUCACAGCUGCACAGCCUUCAAACCCUUCAUCUGCAACUUCCCUCAACUCCUUCUCUCAAGACACUUUGGAGACUGCGGUCAAAAAGAGGAGGAUGGAAGAUACUCGGCGCGUUCAAUUCUCUGAGGAGGUUAUCAUCUUAUCACCCAGCUAUUUGCCAGAGCCUGAUGAUGAUAAUGUUGAUGAAAACAAUGAGAACGUCUGGGAAGAAAAGCGUUCUCCUCGGCCUGCUUUCCCUAAGUGGAUUGGGUCUUUAAAAUCCAGAAGAGGAAAGUACAAAUUUUAACUCUCUUCACAUCUGCCUCCACCUCUGAAAUUCUGCAGCUCACACAAACAGAGACUGUACUUCCAGAGUUGAGAGCG